AUGUUACUAGAAGAGAAUUUAUCUGUGGACGGCACAGAGGAACCAAACAACCCAGCUAAAGGCAGUUCAUCUUUAAAAUCAGCACAGGAAAUCCUUUCAGCAUGUGAUCCCAUCAGUGGAGGAAAUGCCGUCUCAACUGACCUCAUAAGCACUCAGCCUCUGUCUGCUGCAGCUCCGUCUGCAGAGGUCUCACAGGGGGCAACAGGGUUUAAGAAGCCUCAAUGUGACAUCCACAAGCCCACCUGCCCACGAUGUGGCCACACAGUCUCAGACAACACGGUCCUCUCUCUGGACCGACACCAGACCUCCAGCUUGUUGGUACACAGCAGCAGCAGCAGCAGCAGCAGGAGAAGUAGGAGCAGGAGUAAUGUGGCUGGCUCACACCAACCUGCUGCUACACCUGGUGACUCGUGUUUUCACCUGCUGCUGGCGUGCCUCUGGUGUCAGUGCUCUGUGUUGCUCCUGGGCCUGUUGGAGGCCUGCUUCUCCUGCCUUUACACCCUCUGCUCCUCCUGCUGCCACGCCUGUGCCCGCUGCUGCUCGGCCGUCCAGGAGACACCUGUAGAGGACCUCAACUGCCACGCCCACUGCCACUCGGUCCUGUUCGAGUCCUGCUGCGAGCCAACCGAGUUUCUCGAGUUUUGUCUGGAAUGCUGCGAGAUUUGCCAUCGCGGCUAGUAGGCAGCUGAACCAGCCUGCAGGUGAAGCAGCUGAGGACGAC